AUGGACGUACUUUUUCCAAAAUAUCUGUUUCUUGGAAAUCAAUAUGAAUUAGAUGCUUUAACAGGACAGCUUUCAAAAGAAACUUACCUUAAAUUAACACAUGUCGAUCACAAACACCCAAAUAAACCUAUACCAAUCAAUAUUUUUGGCACAUAUUUGUGUGUGAUAAUAUCUCUUGAUUUGGUAGCUCACUUGCCAGCAAUCGAUCCGGAGAACCAACUUAAAAGUAACCAGAGCAGAACACUGGUCAUCAAUUUCGGAGGUAUUAAACCAGUUGAAAACCCACUCAAACAAUCCAAACCACUCAAAAUACCCGGUAGUAAUCAACAAGUUCCCCAGCAGACCAGCACCCAAGCCGAAUCCGAUUACGUUAAUAACAACAACAACAAUAAUCAACAACAACUUGAAGUUUCUCAACAUAGUUUCAAAAGAGAUCUUGAAGAAUGGCUUAGUAAAUUUAGUUCACCGUCGACCAACGCAGAGUGUGAGGAAUCUGAAUUAAUGAUCAAGAUCAUUGAGAAUCUUGAUAAAGUUUAUAGCUCUUCCUAUUUUGCACGUAAUGUGAUCGCUAAAUUGACAAAGAUGAACGUCUCCAAUCAUUGUGCGCUUGCUGCUUCAGCCAUAGAUUUCUUCACUUGUUUAGUGAAAUGCGAUCCUGCCAUAUGCCACAAAGAUCUCUUUUGCGAUAUCGAGAUAGAUGAGCAUGAUAAGAUUGCAAGAACCAAAGAAAGAAGAUCCGUCAUCAAAAAACAUCCAGGCUUUUCGACAAACAAGAGCACAGAACAUUGUCUGGAGGCGAAGAUAGCCGACAUCGAUAAAACUGAAGAGCGUUUCAAUUUGAAAUCAACUGACGAUUUCCUCAAGAAAAAGACAAACAAAGACAAAUCCGCCAUCACACAGCUCUGGGAUUGUAUUCGCCAUCUCAAUGCAUUUGGUGUAGCCAUCAACCAAGACACAUACAAGACUUCACAGAAUAUAGCCUUCGAACUUUCGAGUCCAAUGAUCGACGUUAGUAUCUUGGCAUCCGAUUUGGCCGUCCAUUUAAAACAAAUGUUUCUUGGCGAACAUAAUCUUGAAAUUCCUUUCAGCUUUACCAAGCAUGUCCUUGCCAAAACCACAGGAAUUUCAGUUAGAUGCUUUAGUGAUGUGAACAAAACAUUAAAAUCACAAAUCAAAUCUUUUUAUUUUUAUAGAAGUAGACAUCAAUACAUUAAAGCAAAGCUACUUCUUUCAAAAAGAUAUCAUCGCGAAUUUGUACAUAUCGAUUUCAAACAUCAAAAUCAAUGUUUACCACCAAAUAUUUUUCACAAUUUUUUGUGUGUCGUCAUCUCUAAAGAUUGUGCAAAUAGCUUGACAGAAAACGAUUGCAAUCAAUUCGUAAGCUACCCAGACAAAACACUGAUCAUCAAGUUUGGAGAUAGCAUUUGUAGUCAAACUGUUGUCCGCCGACAAUUCGAUUUAUGCGAAGAAAUCGAUCUAUCCGAGAUUUAUACAACUUCGGUAUAUGCUCAAAAAGUAUUAGACUAUUUGAUUGCAGAUAACGGCUCCGGUGAUCAUUCUCAGACUGUUUAUACAGCCGUAGAUUUAUUCACUGAUCUAGUGAAAUGCAAUGCAACUAUUGGCUACAAGUUUCUCUUACUUGGCCACUCGAUAACCGAGCAGGAUAUACAAGUAUUGGUGGAUGAGUUUGGUGAUGAAGUCGACAUUCCAUCCUCCUACUCCUCCUACUCCUCCUCGUCAAAGAUCAUGCGUUUCGCCCAGGAUAUUGUUGUGGCAUCACAUAGCGAUGCCGACACAAUGAAGGGAUGCAUUAUCCGAAUGCAUGAAACAUCCCAACUCUCAGGAAAGAAGCUCCACUUUCAAGAGAUUACCAAACUCAUUGGCAAUCAAUCGAGAAAGAUAACCGUGAAUAGCAUCACACCGGCUCUUCCACUGAAUCAAUCUACACCACCACCACCAACAAACAGUAGUCAGGAGAUGAUAACUUAUAUCGAUUCAAUUGAAAAUCGAUUCGAUUUGAAAUCAACACCCAGUUUCCGAGAGAGAAAGAUAAAAGGGGAUAGAGCUGCAAUCACUCAACUUUGGGAUUGUAUACACCAGUUCAAUUCAAGUGGUUUACCAUUCGACCAAGACUCAUACGAACGCUUGCAAAGGAUAGCCAUUGGACUUUCAAGUACACCAAUCAACGUUGAUGACUUGGCAUCCGAUCUAGCCAUCUUUUUAAAACAACUAUAUCUUGGUAGAUUUUAUCCAGAUAUUAAGAUUUUCGACUUUACCGAGCAUGUCCUUGCCAAAAUCUCAAGAACUCCAGUAAGAUGUUUAAGACAUUUUGGUGGUGAUAUGUGGACAAGGUCAAACAUCUUCAACUUUUACCUUGUAUGCCAGUUGUUGAAAAGCAAUCAAUCGUUUAUCAUUCUUAAUGAUAAAUUCGAUUUGGUCAAGUUUGCCUCCGAGAUACUUGAAAUUCAACAACAAAAGAGAGAAUUCCAUAGACUACUGGAUGUGAACUACUCGGUAUUGGAUUCAAUCAAGUACGAUCUGGAUACACUCGAAGAGGACUAUGCCGAGUGGAUACAAUCAACUCUCUUCAGUGAAAAGCAUAGAGAUGGAAUUCCUGUGACCAGACUCUCAUCCGACAGCCAUACUCGAUGGGACUUCUUUGCAAAACAGAUGUGUUUGCCUAUUGGUCAACAAAUAGUCAUGUCAGGUUACAUUAGAUCCAAAGCAGUUCUCAUUUGCAGACAAAGUCAAUAUAAUGCUUAUAUUGAAAGGUGUGCGGGGUUACGAGACAAAGUAGUUCAUUUGUCUUUAGACUUGAAUUGUAAAGAUGACGUAAUCCCACCAGGAAUUUUCAAUAUUUAUCACAAGGUGAUAAUUCCAAUCAAUUUCGUAGCUGAAUUGAGGAGGAUCGAUUCAAACCAACUAUCGAGUCAUCCCGACAGAACAGUGGUCGUAACUCUUCGUGAACCCAAUGCAACAAAGCGUGCCGGUGGAUUUAGGUGCAUACCUAUACCCUUACCCGUUGUUGCUAUAGACACUGGAGCAGAGAACGGAUCCGUUCAACCACCCGAUGCGCAGGGGUGCCACCAGAUCAGUGAAAUUGAAGAAUGGAUUGGUGACAUCCACUCAACAAAUUCCACUGCAGAGAGUAGUCAAAUCGGUAUCGACAGUGACUUUAAUAAUAACUUUUCAGAAAAAUUUGAUAUACUCUACACCUCGUGUCAAUUUUUCAGAGAAGUCAUAUCAAAGUUGGUUGAAAAUGACCGAUUCCUCAACUUUGAUGAUGCUUACUACACUGCCAGAGAGUUUUUUUACAAAUUGCUCAAUACCGAUAGUUCUAUUCCAUUCAAGAGUUUUUUUACAGAUAUUAACCUAAGUGCAGGCCAUGUUCAUUCAUUGAUGGAGCAUCUUGUUGUACAACACAACCCUCCCUCCAAGAUACUGGAUUUCGUCGCCGAUAUCAAAAAGGCGAAUGACAUCUCUCAUUUCCUUUCCUCGACCAAACCAUUCCUAAGAACACUCAUUCAAUUAUCCAGAUUGUCAAGAAAGAAGGGUUCCGCCCGUCUCAAGCAUAUUGCCAAGUUCAUCGAUCACCCUGUGCAUAGGACAAUAUUAGAGAAUAUCUCGCCAUCCUCUACCAACUCAUCUGUCAACGUUGUACCAACCAGACAACAAACAGUCACCAAGGAUACAUUGGUCAAAAAGAUUCAGAAAGUAAAAGACAUAUAUAAAGAUUAUAAUCCAUAUUCGACCAAGAUUGGAGUGGCAGAUACGGUCCAAGCCAAAAACCAAGAAAAUCAAGAGGAGCCAGAAAACCAAGUCCGUCUUACGUGGCUCCUCAUUAAAUGUUUAGAUCAACCCUCGUUGGACUUGACCCCUGAAAUCGUAGCAUCCUGCCCAGAGUUCAUUGAGAUAUGUUCCCGUGUAGCACGCAACUUUUCAAAGAAGGAAAUCAAUUUAGCCACUCAAUCUAAAUUGAGGAAGGAUCUAAUUGCUAGCAUGGCACGGCCUGGUCAAGAUGAUGGAGUCAUUGCCAUGAACAAACCAAUGAAGAAAGAGAAACUUGCUUCCGCUACUGAAAUUGGAGCACAUCUCCUCAACAAUACGAUAUGGUCAGCCACUGACUCUAUAAACUUCACAGCAAUACACUUGCUUGCCAGUCAAAACCAAUCGUCUAUCAUUCAAAACGAUCCUCGUGGUAUUGCCAAGUUAUGGGUUGAGGCACAGUCGGGUCAACAAAGGUCAGAUGCCAUCAAGCAAAUCAUGGAGGUACUGGCAGAGCCCUCCAUGGAGAAAGUGGAAAACCAAGUGGCUACACUCCAACAUCUCUUCGCCGAUUGGAGUUCCUGGCCCAUCUACACCAUGAUCAGAAGCAAAGUAAGCAACGCACCUUCUCAUAGUGUGCUUGCAGGCAAUUGGGAAACGUUCAUGGAUCUUCUCGUUGAACUCCUGACGAUGCCCACUCACAAGGAGUUCCAAUACCUGGGCGUUGGUGAAAGUGAACAUAUCGAUUCCAUUGCCAAUUCUAAAUCGCCAACACACUUUAAGAGAAAGAUAUUCUUGAAGUUGGAUAGCAAUAACCAAUCCCAUGUUGAGUUAUUCAACCGCUAUGUGGAAAGAUAUAGAGAUAUCGUCUGGAUUGGUGUAUGUGACGAAAGCAAUUCUUGGAAUAUCGGUGGUUUCACAAAACUAACACUCAUUUAG